UGGCACGGGCGAUGAGCGAACUCAACUCGGGGAGUGAAAUUACCUUAAGUUAUGCUUAAGGAUAAUGAUGUUUGUUCGUCAUUAUCGUAAUUAAAAAACGAUCCUUUUCUCUUCAUUCUAAACGUCAUCAAGGCAUCACCUAGAUAACAAUUUUGUUAUUUUGUUGGUUUUGCACCAUGCACAAGAUCUAGAGAAACCUUGGGUAUAGCAACCUGCCUAUAGGACUUGUCAACUGUUCAAAUCGCAUGGUUACGGACGUACACAUUGUUCAACUCAAUGAAUCCACUAAUGCUACGGGCCCGUAAUCAAAAAUUCGUGUCUAAGAACAUGUCAUACAGAGCUGUUCUGUGAGCGGAUAAUGAGAAACGCUCUGAUAUGCGACGGGACCGUAAUCACAAAUUCGCAGUCAUCUAUGCAAUUUAUCUUAUUACUAUGGUAACAUACUAUCGGAGAUGAUGCUGAAGUCACGUAAGAUGAAUUAUACUGAUGACGUAUUCAAAGAGUGUAUGUUUUUUGUGCCGCAGAUUUCACUCAGUCGGAGAGUGGGAACAGAUUUCAGCGGGACAGUUUUUCGCUAUGUGCACUUUCGCUAGGAAUCUACAUACAUCGGAAAAGAAAUUGAGAUCAUAAAAUAAGUAUAUGCUAAACCAAUUACUAUGUUCUAGGCCUAUAAGGGCACGUAGGCAUGUCGGAAGCAGGUCCUUCACGUGUAAAUAGCGGGGAAAAGUCUCAAGUGACGGACGGUGUACUGGAUAAAGUUGAAAAGGGGAAAAAAAAGGACUUAGAUUUAUCCGAUAAUGACGACACGGAUUCAGAUAAUGAUUACAGCGAAAAGACGAAAGACAACACAAGAAAAGAGUCUGGGACAAUUAGGAGAAUCGUCGGGACCUUACGGGUGAUCAAGUCUUGGGUGACAAGAGAAAACCACCAGGAUUCAGUCGCAAGAGCUGAUUCUUUUCUGGAGAGGUUUGCCUUAGGAGCACCACAAGAAGCGGCGUCUAGGCCCUCAGACUUUGAGAGUAAAUAUAUUCUUCAAGUACUUGACAAAUCUGGGAACAAAUACUACAGAUGGUUAGUAGUAGUAACUGUGGCCGUAAUGUACAAUAUGUACGUCAUAGUGGCGAGGGCGGCUUUCAACGACCUACAAACCCAUUAUAGGCCGGUUUGGUUUACACUUGACUACAUUUGUGACUUCAUAUACGUCAUUGAUAUGUUCGUGAAGUUCCGAACAGGUUAUUUGGACCAAGGUUUACUCGUGACCGAUAGAAAACUUCUCGCUAAACACUACAUGAAAUCACGUACGUUCGUAUUGGAUUGUAUUUCACUAUUUCCAGCCGAUUUAUUUCUAUUGGUCAAAGAAAAUGCUGCCCUUCGCUUUUCGAGAUUAUUACGCUUCCCGCGUGCGCUCGAGUGUUUUGACAGGACCGAAACCAUCACCAACUACCCAAACUUCUUCCGAAUAGUGAACCUAAUUAUGUACAUUGUGAUCAUUAUACAUUGGAACGCUUGUUUAUAUUUUGAAAUUUCUAAAACGAUUGGUUAUGGUGAAGACGGAUGGGUUUAUAACAACACUGGUGAAUGGAAAUCUCUGAGACGACAGUACAUCUAUUGUUUAUAUUGGUCAACGUUGACCCUGACUACCAUUGGUGAAACGCCAGCACCCGAGACUGAUGUCGAAUAUGCGUUUGUUAUUGUUGAUUUCUUGGUUGGCGUUUUGAUUUUUGCCACAAUUGUCGGUAACGUUGGUUCCAUGAUCAGUAACAUGAACCUAGCAAGGGCUGAUUUUCAGUCACGAAUGGACGGAAUCAAACAAUACAUGCGUUUACGGAAGGUAAGCAAAGAGCUAGAAGGACGUGUCAUCAAGUGGUUUGACUACCUGUGGUCAAAUAAGAAAACACUAGACGAAGAAGCAAUCUUGAACGCGUUACCGGAAAAACUGCGUGCAGAAAUUGCGUUACAUGUACACUUGGACACUUUAAGGCAAGUGUCUAUUUUCUCAGACUGCGAGCCAGGUUUAUUAGUAGAACUGGUUUUAAAGUUGAAGCCACAGGUAUACAGCCCUGGCGAUUAUAUUUGCCGAAAGGGGGAUAUCGGUAGAGAAAUGUAUAUUGUAAAGCAAGGAAAACUUGAUGUUGUCAGCGAGGAUGGUAAAAUUGUAUUUGUAACACUAGGUGAUGGGUCGUAUUUUGGAGAGCUGAGUAUUCUGAACGUGCCAGGCAGCCUGUCUGGAAACCGGCGGACGGCCAGUGUCAGAAGCGUUGGCUACUCUGAUCUUUUUUGUUUGUCAAAAGAUGACCUAUUGGUCGCUCUAAAGGAAUAUCCAGAAGCGAAGAAAAUGCUGGAAGAACGAGGUAAGCAGAUAUUGCGUAAGGAUGACCUCAUUGACGAGGAAGUUGCAAGAAGAGGCGGCAAGAGCCCGGAUGAGAUCAAACAACAGGAACUACUUUCUAGCGUGGAGGAACGCUUAGAAACUUUACAAACUAAAUUCUCUCGACUACUGGCGGAAUAUCAUAAAUCGCAAAUGAAGCUGAAACAACGGAUAACAAAACUAGAAAAGAAGUCGAAAUUGGAAAAAGAACAAUCAGAUAACAAGGAUACGAAACCGAAACACAAAUCAUCAAAACACCCUAAGAAUUCACAAGAAUCACAACCGGUCGCAUGAGCGAAUCCGUUCUAGUGUCGCAUCAUCGCGCAAAUCGAAAUCUCCCUAUGUCAAUUGAUGUUAAUGCUAAUGUCCAAAUGGUGCAUUGACUAUGUUCAAGUAAAGUAAAACAAAAGUGACUACAAAUAGAGAGUGAUGCCAUAUUAACUAAACGUUCCGAAACAUGAAGUUAAUAUUAUACAUAAUGUAAUACAUAUUUUCUCUAAUGUCCACAAAUAAUUGUAAGUGUCGUGAUGAAUUUAUAUUAUUAAAGAUAAAAUAUUAAAGCUUUCAGCAAAUAAAGUUUAUAUAAUCCAUAACUAAAAAAUAAAAUCAGCGCAAUGUUAUAAAUACAACUAUAAAUGGAAAAUGUAAGUUACCAGGAGUUACUUGAAUUUAGAGAGGAUGAGAAUAGAUCGAAUGAGUAGUUUAAUCCAGAACCGGUGCAUCGAGACUUGUUUGAGACGUAAAUAUAUAAUACUACAGUAUUAUGAUAUAACUAAGCAUUAGAGAUCCCGAGGCUCACGCUGUUGCAGGUAGAUCGGUUUACAAUACCAAUGUCCGUCCUCAGGGGCGGCGCUAGUGGAGGUCCAGAGUGAAAAGGACCACCGUCGGGGACCUCUGGGCCCACCCCCACCCUACUUGGACCCCCAUCGGGGAAUUUCCAGCAAGGCCCUACCCCAACAUCCUUUUUAAAUAAAGAAUCCAAUAAUAAAUACAAAAUUUUACUACCUUUUAAUUUAAAAAAAAUCCGACAAAUUAAUUGUAUCCCUGACGGGAAAGGGGUUGUGGAUCCCUUGUCAGGGAGCUUGCACCCCUUGUUGGGGGGAAUUGCUGGCACCCCACCACCCCUGUCCAUCCUGCAUUGUCUACACAACGUAGGUUCAACAUAAAUUGGUCUGGAGUUGAGCCUUCGCUAUGUCUAUGUGACGUUACAACAUCACAUAACGUCACAAUAGGGAGAUUUCGCAAUAUUACGAAUACAGUACUUGAUCUGCAUUAUCGUCAUUCGCGAAUAAAACAUUCUUGACAAUAUACGAGCUUCAGUAAUUUUUGUACACAGAAUAGUGGUGAGUCCAUAAAACGUACACAUUACAAGUUGAGCAAAUACAAAAAAAAAAAAAAAAAAUACAAACAUUAGUUAAAAACGAUAUGUGUACAGAACCUGUCUUACUUAAUUACAAAAAAAAAAUAUUUUUUUUUAUUACAAAAUAAAAUACAAAAAAAAAAAUAUGAUCGUUAUGACAAACAUGCCACUGUAAAUCUUGUCUACACUAUCAUUUUUUAUGCGACAAAAAAAUGUGAUUGUAUAAAAAAAAAGUGUUCAACUCUUAUUUUCCAUCACAUUUCAUGUGAUGCUUUUUGAAGAAAUUUGAUAGUGUAGAGACAAAGCUUAAGAAUGGAUUAAUCUUUGGUGACGUAGCCUUAUUCGUUAUCGUUUACGUAAGCUUGCGAAACCUUUAAUAUAAUUAUCUUUUCCGUCGUCGCGAAAUAAAUCGGAAAUUCAAUUCAACACUACCAGUACUGGAAUUGUUCAAGAAACACAAGAGCUCAAGUUGGACAUUCUUUAUUGAUAUUAUUAAUGAAUUUAUACACCUUUGAAAGUUCUUAAAAUAUGGCUAAUGACAAAAUUCUAAAUUUCUCCUAGUUUAAUAAAACAUACAGCCAACAGGAAGAAAUCGCUUUAACAUGAGUAGGCUACACCCACUAUAGUACAUUACUACAUUAAAUAUAAAAGGUUCUCUUUCAAAUACAAAUUGAAAAA